UGAAUUUUUGUGCCCUCACAGAUAGAGACAAGACCCCCACCAGAAUAUACCUAUAUCUAUACGCAUACCAAAGUGAUAUAUUACUUGAACAAAAACAUUUUUCAUUUGUUCAGCCUUUUAUUUAAAUUUCUUCUGCCUCCUCUAAAAUGGAAUCAGAGAUGGCUAGUGCUGAAUGUACAAACGCAAAAAGUGUGAGCAAUACCUUUGAUUCUCACCCAGUGUACUCAAAUGACCCUCGCAAACUCCACUCUUUAAUUCAUAGCUACAUCUCUGUGACUGUAAGAAAUCAAAAGCCAAUCUCUGGCUGGGUGCAUACAGUUGAUCCUGUCUCUGAAAGUUUUGUGCUGGUCAACUUCACUGCAGAUGGCAGCACCGUGCAGGACGUCAUACUCGUCCCUGGCUACAAUGUCACAGGGGUUCGGCUUCAUCCUCAUGUUGCAUCUGAGAACAUGAAAGAAAAAAUUGAUUUCACUUUCAAGCAAAAUGAGACACGCUUCAGCAGAGCAGAGUUGGACCGGCGUCGCAAUGUCCUGUGUGUUUGGCUGAAGGAUAACCGAGUGCCAUACACCAUGAAGGCUAAUGACUGCCUUGAGGUGCUGCGAUUUGCUACCAUCAAGCCACCUUACACCCCUCAGAGCAUUGUCUGUACCAACGAAGUCGUGCUUGAUAAACUUCUUAAGCUGCUACAAGAUUGCCCGCAACUGAUUCUCUAAUGUCGAGCUUUAUACUUAUCUUUACUACUAGCUGUGUUCUUGAGUUGACAUCAAUGUAUGUGUAAGGAUUUUUCCAGUUGUUGUUUCUUAUGCCAAAAGACAUGCUCACACGGGGGUGGGCGAGAGGAGCACAUGAAGAGGGAAAUUGGCAAUAGAACGGAUAGUAGCCAAGAGGCUGCCGCCUCCACGGAGCUGUCCCACAAUGAAGAGACGCUGGAGGUUGUGGAGAAGGAGAGGCAGACAGAAAGAUGCUUUUAUUUAGGGCUGAAUAGGAUUCUGGUACUGGGGGGCGAGCGGCUCUGAGCGUCCGACCCUAAAUGUAUAAGACUCGAUGGAUCUGUAGGAGCGCCAACGGACCUGAGACGGCGCCGAGCGAUAGGCGCGGGGAAGCAAGACCUCUUCCGAGGCAAUCAUUGGAGAUGGAGCAGCGAUCAGGACCUUGUUGUUCUCGACGGUCGCCGAUACGCUAGUGAUCUUGCAUAGGGACUGCUUCGGCUCCCUGAGAAAUCGUUCGUCAUGAGGGUCUCCAUAUGGUGGCUGAAUCAGGACAUGAAGAAUGCUUUUAUAUGUCGGGCCCCGAAUAGGGCAGAGCGCUGUAAAGAGUGGUAUGGGUAGGCUGUAGGGCACUGGCAAGGAACUGAGCGCAUGUCAGGUGCAGGUGAGUGGACAAAGGGAGCAUGCCUUUCUCAGUGUUAGGAUGGACGAUUGGGCCGGUGGCUAACCCCAUGGCCGUGUUCUGCAUAUUUUAAAGGCUUGCAACUGUUGUAAGUUGAAUAGUUUGAAGGCUUGCAACUUUUGUAAGCCAAACUACCUAGAAACUUCACGACAGCAACUACGGAGUUGAUCUUGUCCAAGUUAUUUCGGAUGGAUGUAAUUUGGUGUUUCACGAGUGUGAUAUGGCAAGUAAAUUUAAAUCCUUCAUGGAGAUUGAUAGGUUGACCUUAAUCUUUAAAAGUAGGAAGCAGGUUGAAAUUGAGCCCAAUAGUAUGAUAACCGGUUAAAUUUCCAAUAUAUUGUUAGGUGUUUCUAUUGAUUUUUGAAUGCGGAGUGGUUGUAUUUGAUAUUGAUAUGUUGAAGAAAUAAGAUUAUUGUUAUUGUCGCU